AUGGUACCCGGCAAUAACACCCCACCACCUUUAGGCAUGCGUCCUCAUCACCCUGUCCACCUCACAGGGGAUUGGGACGGACCAGGACACAUCACUGUCACAUUCUCCAACUACGGCGACAACAUCCCUCGCGACCUGGCAAGGGUUUGCACGGCUCGCGCUUCCAUCGACGCAUGGCGCAAAGUCCGCACGGUCUGGAACGAGCCAAUUGGCAAGAGCGUACUCGUUUAUGACCAUUCGGACGUCUUCCUUCACAUCAUGCCCGCCCCUGCAAUGGACUGGAAAAUGCUGUAUUACGUUUCGCUGGUGUUGGACAACUUCGAGGACGGGUUUGACAGUAUGGCCUUCGACUUUGAGGCGGAGGUGCCAGGGGUUGAAGGGUUUGCGGCGACGGGGAACCUGACUAUGUUUCCUCCUUUGGCACCCUCUUGA